AUGCAAAUGACAAGUCGAAGGAAAAUUCUAGCUAGGAAAUUAAUUACAACAGUCAUUUUACAGAGAAAGUGUAAUCUGUUUCUCCCAUGCCUUAAAUCAGCUUCUACUACUACUACUACUACUACUACUACUACUACUACUACUACUACUACUACUACUACUACUACUACUACUACUACUACUACUACUAGUACUACUACUACUACUACUACUACUACUACUACUACUACUACUAGUACUACUACUACUACUACUACUACUACUACUACUACUACUACUACUACUACUACUACUACUACUACUACUACCACUACUACUACUACUACUACUACUACUACUACUACUACUACUACUACUACUAGUGGACUACUUUAUGGAACAUUCCCAACGUGA